CUAUUGACUGUUAGGGCGUAUUGCUUAGGUGUGUAUACCCGUUUUUCUUUUCUUUUGGUUCUAUUUCCGAACUUAUCGUAGCAAAAAAACAAUGGGAGGGAAAUCUUCCAAGAGCAAUAAGUCGAAAGACGCCGAGCCGACGCCUCCACUGGACGUUCUAGUCGAGGGAGCAAUAGUUUUCCUGACUUCCAAGGCGUCCGGCAAACUCCUUCGAGUCCACGAAGGAAACGUUGAUGCUCAGGGUGAAGAGGGAGAGAGCGCCCAGUUCACGGUCUGCAAAAAGGAUUCUGAAUCCGGGCACGUCGUGACGCUACAACACGGCGAGAAAUACCUCAGCGUGUCAGAAGAGAAAGUUGAGCUGUGCGAUGAGUCCAGUGAGCUGAAAGUGCAAGAAACAGAAGGAUGUGUGUCCUUUGAGUCAGCCAAGGCAGCCGGACACUACAUCUCUGUCCAGGAAGACGGGAGUGUCCAGUCGGGUUCAGAACUAGGCCCCUCCACCCAUUUCACCGUGGCCUCUGCUGUCAAGAAAGAGGAGCCAGCUCCAGCCGAGAACACUGAAGCCGCCAAGGAGGAGGAAGGCAAGGGACAAGAGACGAAUGCAGCGGCAGAGACCGAGGGGGAGAAGGGUGAGGAGCAGGCGGAGCAGAAGGAGAACAAGGAGCCGAAACAGGAGGAGGGACAAGAGGAACAGUCACCUAGUGAAUCUUAGGCCGGGCGGGGCAACGCACACUCUGUGUUGCUGCCAGCCAAACCAUUCAUAAGUUACCCUUUGUGUUGCGUGCCAAAUUUUUCCAUUAGAACUUAUGACUCUGCAUUUGAACAGCAAAUAGUGUAAGGCUCCAGUGUUCACAUACAUUCUCGCAUGUUAUUAAGUGCUUGUGUAAUCCAGUACCCUUUGUCGUCGC